GUUGGCCACGUGUUUUUUUAUAUGCAUUUUUUUUUUUGGCAAAACACAUACAAAUAACCUCAACACAGUAAUAGCAUAUUGAGCGGUUCCAUAUCAUUUCAGCAACGAGUAAUUUUCAUAUAUCUUUAUUUGGAUGAAACCUUGCAUACAAGUCUUUGGGGGAGAAAAACGCCGUUUUGCAUACUUGGUUCGCCAUUUUGAAUCUAGCCUUACUUAUGAGAAGGGCCUAUGAAAAAUGCACAUGAUAUCUUCAAAAAAUUGUAUCUCGAAAACGGUUUGUCCGAUCGGUUUGGUGUCUUCGGCGAAGUUUUAGACAAUUGUUGGUGCUAUAUGGAGAAAAUAUGCACGGUAAAAAAAUAUGUUUGGUUUUUGUGAUUUGAACUAAAAUAUAGUUUUUCCCUCAAAAGUGACAUGUCAAUAUUUUUUAUUAUCCUUAUGUUAUAGCUGACUGAAAAUGCUACCUAGUGCACAGUGGGUUGUUCUGGAGAAAAAUAGGUUACAAUGAAAAAAAAAUGUUUUAAAAAAUUACGGUUUUCAAAAAAAGCUAUUAAGUAAAGUCAAAAAAGUUUGUCGCCCUAAUUUUAUGAAAGUACAUCAAAUUUGCAAGAAAAAAGUACUUCGGUAACAUUUUUCUAAGAUGCACCGUUUAGAAGAUAUUACUGAUUUAAUAUUGAUUUGUUUGAUAACUUAAUAAGUUUUAGCCCUUUUCGGAUGUACUCCGUGUUUCUCCAGUUUCAAAAGUAUUUUUUUCGGAAAGAUUGGAAAAUUUUGAGUUAAAAUGACGCUGACAGCUUAAGAUUUGAGUGAAAUUCUCUGCCUUAAAAGUAUUUUGAAACAAGUUACAAAAUCCCACUAUCAAGAACAAUGAUUUCUUCCAGUGGUUUUUAUUGCCUUCUGCUGAAAACGUGCUAAUAAGUAUUAGAUACAGGUAAUUAGAUACCAGUUAGCUGAACUACGUACAGUUGGUGAUUGUAAACAUGGUCUUUGUUGGAACUAGUCCACCAUGGCCACGCUGGCCCAGGCUUGUAAACAUUCGACACUUUUCACUGCCUUCGUUUCGUUGUCGCGGUCGGGUGUCAGCUUGCUUUAUUUCAUUCGAACGCGACCGCUACCUCUUACACACAACACAAGCGGCAGAACAAAGAUCAAUAAACAAAAAAGUGGAUCAAAUCAACGUAGUCUGACACGAUGACAUUAGUAUAAUUCCAGCUUUUCGCAAGAUUUCAGCCAGUUUUGAUUAAAAUUGGUAUAAUAUUAGUAUAAUAUUAGUCACCUUCCAUCAAACUAGACGGCUGCCGACUGAUACCUCAAUCAACAACCGCCGCACUCUUUAUUCAUUCCAGGUAUAUACAAUUUACAAUCUUCUUCAAUAACAAUAUACCUACGCCAGCAAAUCUACCUCGCUCCAACUCUCCAAACUCGUACCUGACGAUACCUGAGCGUUCAACUCUACCUAUCUUCCAGCAGUCUUUACCCAGCAUUCUAUGAUUUAUACCCGUGAGCUGUAUAAUAAUGUCUGACUCGGUUCUGAAUUCAUCCAGUAUCUACUAGGGAAAACCAAACAGUAAAUGCAGAAAGGUUGCUAGAAGCAUAGUGAUUUCAUAGUAAUUUCAGCUAAUAAUCCAGUGUUUUUGAACUAGAUCCAGUGUUGUUUGAUAACAUAAUAAUUGUAAAGGAAAGUGUAACACGUUUUGGUGCAAAGAUUACAAAAUGAGUAAAAUCAGAUGUAUUCGUCCAUUCAAAGACAUUCAGUGUUCGAAAGAGCUGCGAUAUCUCACGGAUGGUAUCAUCCAAAAACUAAAGUCAAUUGGAUUUUCCAAGGUAUCCACACUGAACACCAAGGAUUUUCGUAUUUGUUCGUCUUGCCGUCUACAUAUUGAUUCAAGAGCUCACCUCACCCAAAACGAAGAACAAAGCGUAGCCGGUGGCUCAAGGAUGCCAACUGUUCAGACCAUACCUGUUGUACAUGAUUCGCAAAGCUAUGAAAGUUUGGUCACGAUACCAUCAGCGUCAACGCUAAGCACAAUUCAAUCAAAUGAAGACUUCACGAUGCCUGUAGACGUCGAAAUAUUCAACCGAGGAAUAGCAGCUAUUCGUGUUUCGCCUAUAGAUUUAGGUAAGGUUAAAAAUGUUCACUAUCCUGAAAAAAAGUGCGCUGAAAUCGUCGAAGGUGUACGAAGAAAUCUUUUUAAAUUAGACGCUAAAACAGAAAAAGCAAACGAGUUUAAUGAAGUCAUAGAAAAUAUGAAAAUUAAAUUUUUAAAUUCAGCCACAAGGCAAGAAAAACUAUCAAUUUUAUCAUUGUUACCAAAAUCAUGGUCAGUACAAAAAAUUGUAAACGAAUUUAAAACUAGUAGAAAUAUGGCAUCAGAUGCAAGAAAGGAAAAAAAUAAUGUAUUAGAUUCAUCUCAAGGUUCAAGCUCUGGAAAAGCUUUGAGUAAUGAAACAAAAGAACUGGUUUUGAAUUUUUUUGAGGACGAUGAUAUAAGCCGUGCAAUGCCAGGCCAAAGAGAUUUUGUUAGCGUAAAGACAGGAAAUAAGAGAUUAGCUGUUCAGAAAAGAUUGUUAAUGAUGACAUUAAGAGAAGCUUUUAAUCGCUUUAAUGAAGUGUACGUCAAUGUAAAAAUAGGGUUUUCAUCAUUUGCAAGCCUCUGGCCAAGGCAAUGUAAACUAUUGACUAUCACAGGAACACAUAAUGUUUGCGUUUGCACUACGCAUGAAAAUGUCAAUUUAAUUCUUCAUAGCUUAAAAAAAUACAAUGUCUUGAAUGAUCUAAAAACAUUAACGAAUAGAUUACUUUGCGAAAAUAAGACAACUCAUUGCCAUCUACGAAGAUGUAAAAACUGCCCAGAUACCUCAGUUUUAGAAGACAGUUUAUUGAAACAACUGGAAGAAAACUUUGUUGAAAAGCUUUCAUUCGAACAAUGGGUUACCACUGACAGAUGUGAUUUAGAAACUAUUGUAAAGCAAACCGAUGACUUUGUUACAUUUUUCAGCUCAAAAUUAGAAAGUUUGAUUCCGCAUGAUUUUGUAAAAACCGAACAAUCCAAUUUUUUGAAAACCACAAAACAAAACUUGCAAGAUGGUGAAUUUUUGGCUAUUUGUGACUUUUCUGAAAAUUACAGCUUCGUUUUGCAGGAUGAAGUUCAAUCACACCAUUGGAACGUGCAACAGGCCACAAUCCAUCCUUUCGUAAUAUAUUAUACUGAAAAUAGGCAAAUUAAACAUUUUAGCUUCAUUAUAAUUUCAGAAGAACUAAGACAUGAUUCAGUCGCUGUUAAUUUGUUUAUUGAUAAAAUGAUGAACUUUUUACAAAUUGAUCAAAAUAAAAACUUGAAAAAAAUUUAUUUUAUGUCAGAUGGUGCUGCUUCACAGUAUAAAAACCGAAAAAACUUUUCUAGCCUUUGUAAGUUUAAGUCAAAGUAUGGUAUUGACGCUGAAUGGCAUUUCUUCGCAACAUCGCACGGAAAAGGUCCAUGCGAUGCUAUUGGAGGUACGAUAAAACGCAUGGCUACCAGAGCAAGUUUAGCCAAAGAACGCGAACACCCGAUAAAGACUGCAAGAGAGUUGUUUAAUUGGGCAAACAAACGAAAAGAAGAAGAACUUACAAAGUUGUCAUUUUGUUAUUCUACUACAGAAGAAUACGAAAAUAUGUCUUUGCAGCUAAAUAAUCAAUAUAAUAAUGCAAAAACAAUUCAAGGAACUCAAAAAUUCCACUCAUUUCUUCCUCUAUCAGAAAAUACAAUAAAGGCAAAGCUUUAUUCAAACUGCCCUGACAAUGAUGCCAAAAUAUUCGAUAUUGUUAAGAAAGUUGUGUAAACAAUAAUUUGAUAAAAAUACAGGAAUAAAAAUAAACUGAUGUACAAAGUAUAAUGUUAUUUUUUAUUGCGCACAAAUACCACCCCUGAAAAAUAAGCCUUAUUGAGGAGCUUGCGAUAUGCAAGAGUUGAAUGCACAUUUUCAACACAAUACACCAAAAACCACUGGAAGAAAACAUUGUUCCUGAUAGUGGGAUUUUGUAACUUGUUUUUCAAAAUACUUUUAAGGCAGAGAAUUUCACUCAAAUCUUUAAGCUGUCAGUGUCAUUUUAACUCAAAAUUUUCCAAUCUUUCCGAAAAAAAUACUUUUGAAACUGGAGAAACACGGAGUACAUUCGAAAAGGGCUAAAACUUAUUAAGUUAUCAAAAAAAUCAAUAUUAAAUUAGUAAUAUCUUCUAAACGGUGCAUCUUAGAAAAAUGUUACCGAAGUACUUUUUUCUUGCAAAUUUGAUGUACUUUCAUAAAAUUAGGGCGACAAACUUUUUUGACUUUACUUAAUAGCUUUUUUUGAAAACCGUAAUUUUUUAAAACAUUUUUUUUUUUUCAUUGUAACCUAUUUUUCUCCAGAAGAACCCACUGUGCACUAGGUAGCAUUUUCAGUCAGCUAUAACAUAAGGAUAAUAAAAAAAAAUAUUGACAUGUCACUUUUGAGGGAAAAACUAUAUUUUAGUUCAAAUCACAAAAACCAAACAUAUUUUUUUACCGUGCAUAUUUUCUCCAUAUAGCACUAACAAUUGUCUAAAACUUCGCCGAAGACACCAAACCGAUCGGACAAACCGUUUUCGAGAUACAAUUUUUUGAAGAUAUCAUGUGCAUUUUUCAUAGGCCCUUCUCAUAAGUAAGGCUAGAUUAAAAAUGGCGAACCAAGUAUGCAAAACGGCGUUUUUGUUCCCCAAAAACUUGUAUGCAAGGUUCCAUGCAAAUCAAAAAAUACAAAAAAUAAAAACUGGAAAAAUUUCCCACUUGUUUGUGGAAUCGCUUUAUUGUAUCAUUGUGCUUGCCACACAAAAUACGCAUUUAUGUAAGGCAAACAAAGAAUGCAAUACACAUCAAUUAAUAACAGUGGAAGUGUUCAGAGAACUAUAGUUUGUUUGAAGAGAGACAAGACAAAUUCCUUCGGCCAAAGAUGAGAAUUCGUCUUAAAUUUCACUGCAAGAAAGUAGCUGGCAUUUUUAUAAGGAUGACAGCCUCAGAAAAAGGAGGCAGCUUUUGAAAAAUGUAAACGGGAGAUAUGAAAAAGGAAAAUCAUUCAAUAAAUGAUCUAUGUGGGUUUAGUCUGACUUGGUGAUCAGCUACGUUAGCUGAAGAUGUUCAGUGGUAUCAUAAUAGUUGGGUAGUCUUUAUCAUCAAUAAAAUCACCCGAAUUUUUCCUUUCCUGUAUCUUUGUAUUUCUAUUAUUUUGUUUCUGCUAAAAGAGAAAUAUGUGACAUAGACUUUUAGGCAAACUGGACCUUGUAUCUGAUCUGACCUUGUGAACAUGUACUUAUAAUUAGCUGGGAUUAUGCAACUUUCAAGUAUUCAUGAGAAAAAAAGCGGAAAGGCAUGCAAAAUAAAAUAAAGAGUUUCUUUGAAUUUUCUCAUUAACCUGUAUUUUGUACAACACGUUGAAAAAAUCACGCUUUUUAUACUCUGCUUUACCGUGGUGCUUGCGGUGGUAGUCAACCGCGCGACUGACGGAAGGCUAAAAUGCACUAAAUGUCUCUAUAUCCAAUGAUCGACCUCUUCUAUGUUAUUUUUUACAAGUGGUUUGUUUUUAGGGAUCUACUGAUCUGAUAAUGUCUUAUACCCUUUCAGAAGACUUACUUACCAUGAUAGAUUACAAAUAGUAGCUUUGUAUAAUGAAGGAAGUUACCGUUACACCCGUAGUCUUAACCCUAGCAACACACUUGGACAUUAAUAAGUUCCUGUAAUUUGUAUGCAACUAUAUUGAAAGUUAUGUCAUUUGAACCAAUCGUCUUAUUAACGACUAAAUUGCAACCAAAAAAGCGCAAGAGGUGGAGCCAAUAUAAAACAUCCAUGCGUGAUAUAAACGGUUUCAAUACGCAAUCGAAUUAUAAUCAAGAUACAACUUAUAGUCGACUUACAAAUUGUGACCAAUUCGAUAACUAGUCAGCUAGUCACCAAAUUCGUCACUGCCAGUAAUUAGGGGCUGUCCAUUAAUUACGUAAGGGAUUUUUUGCGAUUUUCCGACACCCCCUCCCCCCCUUGUAAGAUUUUGUGUAUGAGAACCCAAAAAAUUGUGUACCGGCUGUUCGGGUUCGUUUGGAAGUUGACCAUCAAUGUUAACUUCUUUUCCCGAUCAGUCUAGAUAGCUGUGUUGUGUCGGUAGCGGUUGUCUCAAUGGGCUAAGAAUAACCGCCUGAUCCAGUGGUAAGAGUCCACUAAACAGGUGACCCCUAAUUCAUGGUGUUAUGCGGCUUUAUGCUUACCGUGCCAAAGAAUGAAUGGUUAGGGGGGCCUAAUAAAAACCUUACCACAAACGGAGCCUGUGGAGAAUUAGGGCGUCCUCCACAGUAUUACGCCCUUACUGCGCUAACCGGAGCAAUGGUGCAGUGGACCUUGCGUUUCUCCGAGAUAAUCAGUUGCCCUUCUUAAGUCUCAAAUUUGAGGCUAAAUAAGGGCGGGGUUAUUCAAAUGUUGUUAAUUAGCUUACAUUACUGCCUAUAUGGGUUCGCUGAAUACGUUUUCACCAUUGGCGUUUUUCAAUUGACCACGAUUUACAUGCUCUAUUUUAGAAUAACGUUAACAGUAUGUUUCAACCUUUCUUUAUGGAUGCCUUCAAGCAAGCUGUUGUUUUCAGCAUCUUUUCGCUGAUAUUUGGCAUCUGAAGUAGCUCAAACAUUGAUUUGAGAUGCUUCAGUUUGAUGGAAUACUUUUGGAGUGUUCCUUCGCAAACUUUGCGUAUUCAGGCGUCCCUGCUCAACAAGCUAGGGAACCUGUAAUAAUUGGUUGCGAUCACAUUUUAUGGAUAACUCGCUUCCAUUGCUACUCCAAGAGAGUUUCAUUAUGGUUUUGUUAUUACAACGCCCUUCAUUGUGGUAUACCAUAGCUACUGCUUUGAAAGAAGCUUGUCCUCUGCGGUCUGUGCGGACGGCAAGAGGUAUUCCUGAAUGGAACUCGGACCUGUUCAAGUUCUCAAUAUCUUCGGAUAAACCAGUCUUUUGUAUAGCUACGAAUCAUUAGCUUCUACCCCGAGGAUUGUAGCUAUAGAAUCGAUUUAGUGAGCACUAAAAAAGCUCUACUUACUUCAAAUCUCCUGGAGCAAAUGGGGCUUUAUCCUAUUUUUCUCCAGAGGGAUUUGAGUUUUUCAAACAUGUUUUGAACUCUUGUAGUUUUCUAUUGGGCAUUUUCAUGGCAUAAAAUUACUCUGUAGUUUUAUCCCGAAAGAGUGCGUGCGUUGUAAAAAGAAGGAAUAAGUUCCAGAUUUAUCUGGUUACGUCGUUCUUUCUGAAAUGCUCGAAACGCAUUAUCGAUUAUCACAUCUGUGAUGUUCGUCUGGCUAACAUGCCUGUUCAUGUGAACUCACAUGUCUCCCAAUUUGGGAUGUCCACAGUGACUCUUUUACAUAAAGUUGUAUACGUUUUCAAGAAAGCACUCGCUCAAACGUAGUUUUUGCUUGGGUGAUUUCUUGAAUAUUGAGUAUGCUUUUGAUGACGUGCCUUUCUAUGUCAUAUUGAAAGUCGCAUGACGUCGCAAGCUACCUCCAAUGAGCUAUAGGCUCUUUUUACGCUUAUGCGUUUUACAGUGUCCUUUUCAGGGCACUGAUUAACCCCGUUGUGGUAUGAGCUAUGAGCUCUCGUUGCGCUUAUGCGUUCAUUCCCUCUUCUAGGGCACCCCUUCCUAUUUCAUCACCUUUCUCUUUCCCAAUUCCCAUCCCUUGUCCCAUUCUCCCUCAGGUAAAUGAUGAAAUAGGCUCAUAUGUAUGGCGAUGGCACAAAUGUCCCAAAUGGAGGAUAACGUGCCUCUGGAGCCGGCCUUCUGAUACCUGAUACCUGAAAUUGAAAGUUAUGUCAUUUGAACCAAUCGUCUUAUUACGACUAAAUUGCAACCAAAAAAGCGCAAGAGGUGGAGCCAAUAUAAAACAUCCAUUCGUGAUAUAAACGGUUUCAAUACGCAAUCGAAUUAUAAUCAAGAUACAACUUAUAGUCGACUUACAAAUUGUGACCAAUUCGAUAACGAGUCAGCUAGUCAUCAAAUUCGUCACUGCCAGUAAUGCAUCAACCGUUUCGUUCAUGUGAUCAAUAAAUUGUGUGCACAAAUAUACCGCAAAUAAAGCUGACCGAGAACGUCAAAUUGUGUGCCGUUCCAGAUUUAUCGGUAAGUUUCGCAUUUUAGCUCCGUAUUCCCAACGCGCCUCAGUCAACCUAUCAUUUUGCGAGUGAAAAUUUAGGCAUUUGUGGAAACAAUUAACUCGCCAUAUUGCUUCGACGGAGUGCAUUUCAGCAGCUUAUUGAAUGCGCCCGUAAAAUGCUGAAAAUUAAUUUUAGAAUUUAGAAAGAUACUAUUUGCUAAAUCAUGUCUAAGGGAAUCCGUGAAGUACAACAAUGCUGCAUGCGGUACACGGAACCGCCAAACUACCCAAAAUUGGAUUCUUCUGACGCAAUCCGCCCACACCAAAAAGCUCAGUCGAGCCUCCUGGUAGUGGACGCCUUAUAUUGUUAAUACACACAAACAAUGUAUACUUUCUAUAACAUAACACUUAAGGUAUAGUAGAAGGAGCAGUAACAAAAGCCCCAGUGGAUUCAAAAUCCUUUGAAGGGACUUAGACAAGACAAAACAUGAAAUAAUACUAAAAAGAAUGUUAAAAGGAAGUUUAUGGUGAUUUGAUCAUAUUAGAGGAAUUGAUUAAUUUUUCUUUUAAGGUGCAGUUUUAGUUUAAUUUUGAAGAUGUUUCUGUUAUUAAUGGGUUUUAAAUCAUUUGGCAAUAAAUUGUACUUUUGUGGUUUCGAUUUCUCAAAACCCCAUAUAUUCAAAUCUUCUCAGUGGUAGGCACCAGCCGUUCAGUACUGCGAAAAUGAGGCAGAAUUUUUUUAUUGGGUAAAUACUAUACUUCCAACCAGAUUUUUUUUUCUAUUUUACCACUUUAUUUUGUAAAAUUUAGAAUAUGUCGAUUAAUUAUUGAAGAAAAGAUUACAUUUUAUUUGUAUGUACCUACAUGAUUUCGUUAUUUUUUUAACAUUUUGGUUUUUAUAUUGCUUUUCAUAUUUUUCAUGAUCACAAAAACAUUUUGCCGCACAUUUUGGAAUAUCUACCUCUCCUAUCUCUCCUGUCAAAAUUGUUCGUUAUGUUCUAAAUGAGAUUCAGGUGCAACAUGUUUAUAAUCAGACUCAAUGUUUUGGCUGAUUUGGUUUGUAAACGGUUGUAACUACCCGAGCAGAGGAGAAUAUCAAAAUAAUAACAACUGAAUCACAAAACCUGUUUUUAUAUCUUGGUUUGGUAUUAUUAACUUAUUUCCAUAACAGAUUUUGUUGGGCAAUCUUAUUUUGUUAUGAUCCUGCUAUUGGUAUAUUAUCUUCAAAUAACAUUUUAAUAACAUGUUUUUUUAUUCUUGAAUUAUAACAUUUUCUGAUUUCCAUAAAAAAAAUUAUGUUUGGAGUCUGUAAGGCAUAUCUUCGGUGUCUAUGAAUCGGUUAAGCUGAACCGUGUCAGAAGUAAGAAUUACUUGUAAUUUUUAUUUCAAUUAAAUUCGAUCCAUUUCAGUGGGAAAAUGUAGAAUUUCUUUUGGUUCUGUUUUGGGAAUAAAAAAGUGAAUAACCAUGAUCCACCAUAACUCAUGAACAAAGCUAAUUUUGAAAUUAUCUCAAAGCCGUUUGGGCCAGGAAGACUGGAAGCUUGCCAUUCUCUUUGAAUGACUGACUUAUGAGUGGGUUAUGGCCUUAGUCAUGGCUGUUUAUUACUUUUUAUUUUCAAAAUUGCACCAACAGAAAUUCAUUAUUUUUCUCUGAAAUGGCUAAGUAUGUAUGUAACCUUGCGAGGAUAAAAAAAACUUUUGUUAUGAUUCUGAUAUAACUCAUUUUGCUUCCAUAUUGCUAUCCAUAACUUUUCAAUUUCAAAAUUUGUUAUUGAAACAUUGUAUAAAUUCACUGUUAUUAAGUUGUUAUGAAACUAACAAAACCUGUUAUUUAUCUGGUCUUCCAGUAACAUUUUUUUUGUUAUGAUUUUUGUUAUUUUGCCGCUUAUGACAGACAAGUUUACAACAUGGCAUGUUAUGUUAAUAACAUGAAAAUAACUUUUUGCAUUACUCAGUUGCUAUUCCCUUCUGCUCGGGUAAGAUUCAUUGAAACAGUCAGAUUAUACUUCAGUUACAAAUUUGUUUCGCAAGUUUCGACUAAUGAUGACGUUUGUUUUCAUUUUGUUAGUUAUAAAACUGUUACACCUCAGUUUGGCAUUAACAACAGGAUUUUAAUAGGUUUUAAUUUUGUUUGUGUCAUGAAAACUCAGUUGCAACUUGUUUGCAACGAUGAUCAUUUCCAUUUUAGUUGCAGGUGCUACUUGGGAAAGAUCUAAACUCAAAAAUAGUUUGGAUGACCUAGGAUAUCCAGAAAAAAUAUUCUGCAUAAUAUUCUACCGUUUUCAUGCUAUUGACCACCAAAACUACAGAACAACGUAGAAAAAACUCCAUAAUAACGCUUGGAAAAAAUCCGGCUUCAAAGGGUUAAAUGGACAACACAAUUUUUCAUGCUGUGAACAGAAAAAAUCAAAUUUGUCAGUCGAAUAAAAAUUGAGUUUAUGCUUUUGGAACAGACGGGAAAAACUACAUACAAAAUUAAAAAAAAAACACGUGGUUGGUUGCAGGAAAAAUAUUCCAAAUAUUUAAAUUAUAUCGAUUAGCGAUGGGCCCCCUUCUCAUUUCAUUCUAUACGACGCCAUGAUGCUCUAGUCAAAUUUUCAGCUAAUUCCGUUUACAUGAGGGCGCUGCCAAACUCGUUUGACAUUUGUAUGGGAGUUUAUAUGAGUAAUUCUCGCUGAGACCGGCCCACUAUUUACACCUUGUCUUCAAAAACGUUUGAGGUGGCGAUUUUCUGAAAGUCCUCCCCAAAAAGGAGGGGAAAAUGCAUUUGGUUACCCAAAUUGAUGGACCCCCCGUUAGUAACAGCCACAACAUUUUUUGCAGACCCCUCGAUUUUGGUCAAACGGUGGCUCAUUUAAACCGGUAAAACUCAAAAGUUUCUCCAGAAACCACUUCAAAACGAAAUGUUGUUGAAAAGAGGAAAGAUAGAGCCACUAUUAACAAUUAUAAAAAGUUGGGUAGGCCAUAUUGGUUUUGGCCGCCAUCUUGGAUUUUUAUACCUAUACUUUUUGCCUUUCUCGUACACCAAGGUGUACCGAAAGGCUAUAUGUUCACUCCAAAAACGAAAAUUUGAUAGAGCCCUCGGAGGGGUCAAGUAUUAUAUACCAAUCCACUCAGCUCGAUGAGUUGAGAUGAUGGCUGUGUGUGUAUGUGUGUGUGUGUGUGUAUGUGUGUGUGUGUAUGUAUGUGUGUGCGUAUGUGCGUGUGUGUGUACAAAAAGGUCACCUCAUUUUUAGAUAUUAAAUAUCAACCGAUUUCAACGACCGAUGGUUCAUUCAACGGAGCAUUUUGUCCCAUUGUUUCCUAUUGAAAAUGGUUCAGAUCGGUCCAGCCGUUCCGGAGUUAUGGCCAUUUUGGUGUUCCGGAUCGGUACCCCAGGAAGGGGCCAGAUAUGAAAACGCUACGAACCCAUGCAUGCGACACAUCAAACCACGGUAUUUUCGAUAACCUGAUGAACGGUAAGCAGGAAAAUAGUCUCAGAUCAUAUCUGAACCGAUAGUGUUCCGGAACCGGUUCUGGGUGUCCCACCGGAAGUGGCUAAAUAUGAAAGUGAACCAAACCCAGGCAUGCGACACAUCAAACAGCGGCUUUUUCAAUAACCUGAUGAACAGUAUGGAGAAAACAUUCUCAGACCAUAUCUGAACUGGUAGUGUUCCGAAACCGGUUCCGGGUGUCCCGCCGAAAGUGGCCAAAUAUAAAAGUGAACCAUACCCAUGCAUGCAACACAUCAAACAGCGGCUUUUUCGAUAACCUGAUGAACAGUUGGGAGGAAAACAUUCUCAGACCAUAUCUGAACCGGUAGUGUUCCGGAACAGGCUCCGAGUGUCCCGCCGGAAGUGAGCAAAUAUGAAAGUGAACCAAACCCAGGCAUGCGACACAUCAAAUAGCGUUUUUUCGAUAACCUGAUGAACAGUACGCAGGAAAACAUUCUCAGACGAGAUCUGAAUCGGUAGUGUUACAGAACCGGUUCCAGAUGUCCCGCCGGAAGUAGCAUAAAAAUUAACCAAAUCCUUAAAUGGGACGCAUCAAAUCGCUGCUCUUUAGAUAACCUGAUAAACGUUUAGCAAGAAAAUAGUUUCGUACCAUAUUGGAAACGACCUAUGUGGACAAAUGUAGAAGAGAACAAAACCCGGCACAUUAAACAGCGGCUUUAUAAAUAACAUGAUGAACGAUUAGCGAGAAAAUAGGCUCAGACCACGUCUAAGAUCUUUUUAAAGACUAUCGGUGUUCCGGAACCGAUCUGGGGUAUCCCGCCAGAAGUGGCCAAAUGCUCAAAGGAACCAAACCCAUGCAAGCGACACAUCAGAUAGCGGAUUUUUCGAUAACUUGAUGAACAGUUAGCAAGAAAAUAGGCUCAGACCACAUUAGACUAUAUCGGUAGUGUUCCAGAACCGUUUUAGUUGUUGCGCCGGCAGUGGUCAAAUGCAGAAAUGAAUUCAUGGCUUUUUAGGGAACCUGAUGAACAGUUACCAAGAAACUAGUCUCAAACCAUAUAAGGGACAAUCGGUACUGUCCCGUAAUCGGUUCCUGGUGUCCCGCCGGCAGUAUGCAAAUGAUAAAGUGAUCCUAACCCAUGCAUAAAAUCGUGACUUUUUGGAUAAUCCGAAAAUGGGUUAGCAAGAAAAUUGGCGCAGACCGCAUUCAAAACUACCAGUAGUGUUCCGGAUUGGGUUUCUCGGGUAUCCUACCAAAUGUGGCCAAAUACAAAAGUUAAUAACCUGUGGAACGAUUAGCAAGAAAAUAGGCUCAGACCACAUUAGAGGCUACCGAUAGUGAUGCAGAACCAGCAUUGAGUGCUCGCAGGAACUACAAAAGUGAACAAAGUCAAUACAAGCGAUAAAUAUGUGUAAGAGGACAAAAUCUUGACUAAACUUAGGCCACAUACAUACAUACGUCUCACUCUCCUCACUCAUAGUGCUUGUUUUCAACGGUUGAAUAAAAUAUAAAUUGUUUUUGUUCGUUUGACGUUUACUCACUAUCGUUAUCAAGCGUUAUCGUUAUUCGACCGGGAAUAUCUGGUGUGUUUAUUUCAGAAACAACUCCAGGAAUUAUUUUAAAAAAUCCUCCAAGGGUUCCCCCAGGAACACUUUUUAGAAUUCCUUUAGAAGUUCUCCAAAUACUUCCUCCAGGAACUGGGGUCUCUUCAGGAACUGCUAUAGGGAUUCCCCAAGGCGUUCUUCCACGAACUCUUAUUAGUAUUCCUUCAGGAUUUCUCCAAGGAUUCCAUCUGCAAUUUCUUCAGAAAUUUUUACUGGGAAUCCUACAUGAAUUUCUUCAGAGAUUCCUCUAAGAAUUAUUCCAGGGAUCCUAUGGGAAUUGAAAUGCGUAUAGAUAUUUCUCCAGAAUUUCCUCCAGGAACUCUUAUAGAGAUUCCUCCAGGAGUAUUUCUAGAGAUUCCUCCGUUAAUCUCUACGGGUAUUCUUCUAGGAUAUCCCCCAGGGAUUCCUCCAAGAAUUUCUGCAGGACUUAACUCGGGACUUCCUUCUGUGAUUCUUUCUGAAACAACUUAUUUUAAACAUCCUCCAAAGAUUCUCCCACGAACUCUUUUUAGGGUUCCUCCAGCAAUUCAUCAUUGUAUUUUUUUGGGAACUUUUCUAGGGAUUCAUUUAGUACUUCCUCCAGGAACUGCUUAGGAAUUCCCUUAGUAAUUGCUCUUGAAAUUUCUCCCGGGUUUCCUUCUCGAGUUUCUUCAGAAACUCUUCUAAGGAUUCCUCCCGCAUUUGUUCAAGAACUCCAUCUGCGAUUUCUUGAGAUUUUUUUUUUUUGGUAUUCCUAUACGAAUUCCCUAAGAGAUACAUCCACGAAUUUCUUCAGGAAUUCCUCUAGGAAUUACUCCAGGAAAUCCUUCAGGGAUUCCUUCAGAAAUUCUUCCAGGAUUUUUUAUAGGAAUACCUCCUAGAUUUUUUCCAGAAAUUCCGCCAAGAAAUCUUCCAGUAUUCCCUCCAGGAAUUGCUGCAGGCAUUCCUCCAGGAUUUGCACUAAAACCUCCUCCAGGAACUUUUCUAGUGAUUUUAUCAAGGGUUUCUUCAGAAAUUCCUCCGGGAAUUUCUCAGGCGAUUUUUUCAGAAAUUUCUCCCAGAGCUCCUCUAGAGAUUCCCCAGAAAUUGAUCCACAAAUUGUUGAAGGAAUUACUACAGAGAUUCCACCUAGAAUUCCUUCAAGGAUUCAGCCAGCCAUUCCCAAAGGAUAACCUCCAGCAAUUCCUCCAGGCUUUUAUUUAGGAAUUUCUCCAAGAACUAUUCCAGGAAAUUCUCCAGGAAUUACCCCAAGAAUUUCUUCAGGAAUACCUCCAGCAAUUUCUCUAGGAAUUGAUCCAGGAAUUGCUCCUGGACACACUUCAGAAGUUAUGUCAACAAUUUCUCCAGCAUUUUUUCCAGAAAUUCUUCUGGAAAUUUUUUCAGACAUUCUUCCAGUAAAUUCUCCAGGAAUACCCACAGGAAUUUUUCGGGGAUUCCUCCAGAAAACCCUCCGAAGAUUCCUCCAAGAAAUUCCCCAGAAGUUCCUCUGAGGAUUAUUUUUGGAAAUCCUCUGGGGAUUUCUUCAUAAAUUCUUCCAGGAAAUUCCUGGAAGAAUACCAUCAGCAUUUUUUCAGGGAUUCCCCCAGGAAUUUCUUUACAAACUGCUUCUAGGAUUCCUCCAAGGAUUUCUUCAGGAAUUCAUUCGAGGAUUAUCCAAGAAUUCCUCCAGAAAUUCCGCUAGAAAUUCCUCCGGGGUUUUCUCAAGGGAUUUUUUCAGAAAUAGAAAAUUAAUAGAAUAAUAACAGAAAUUUCCCAGAAUUCCUCUAGAAAUCCAUCCAGUAAUUCUUCCAAAAAUUCUUCUAGAGAUUCUUCCAGAAAUCCUCAAAGGAGUAUCUCUAGGAAUUUAUCCAGGAAUUUCUCCAGGAACUUAUCUAGAAAUUACCCCCGGAAUUUCUACAUGAAUUUUUACAUGAAUUCCCCCAGGAAUUUCUCCAGGAAUUUCUCUAGGAAUAGCUCCUGGACAUUUUGCAGAAAUUAUGUCAACAAUUCCUGUAGGCAUUUCUCCGGGAAGUUUCUCCAAGGAUUCCUCCAGGAAAUCCCCUAGGGAUUUCUUCAGAAAUUCUUCAUGAAUAUUCUCCACGAAUACCUUCAAGAAUUUUUCAGGGAUUCCUCCAGGAAUUACACCAGGAAUUAAUCAAAGAACACCAUCAUAAAUUAGGAAUUGCUUCAGAAAUUCUUCCAGGGUUCGUCCAGGAACUUUUUCGGGGAUUUUUCCAGAGAUUUCUCCAGGAAUUCCUCCAGAGAUUUCUCUUGAAAUCCCUCCGUGAAUUUCUCAGGGAUUUUUUUUCGAAAACUUCUCCCAGAGCUUCUCCAUAGAUUCUCCCAGAAAUUCAUCCAGAAGUUGUUGAAGGAAUUCCUCCAGAGAUUCCCUCACGAAUUCCGCCAGCAAUUCCCAAAGGAGAACCUCCAGUAAUUCCUCCAAGAUUUUAUCCAGGAAUGUCUCCAAGAACUAUUCCAGGAAAUUCUUCAGGAAUUACCGCAAGAAUUUCAUCAGGAAUUUCUCCAGAAAUUUCUCUAGGAAUUGAUCCAGGAAUUGCUCCUGGACAUCCUUCAGAAAUUAUGUCAACAAUUUCUCCAGGAAUUUUUCCAGAAAUUCUUCUGGAGAUUUUCUCAGAAAUUCUUCCAGGAAAUUCUCCAGGAAUACCCUCAGGAACAUUUCAGGGUUUCCUCCAGGACAUCCUCCAGAGGAUUCUGCCUGGAAAUCCUCUAGGGAUUUCUUCAUAAAUACUCCUAGGAAAUUCCUGGAGGAAUACCAUCACUAAUUUUUCAGGAAUUCCCCCAGGGACUUCUUUACAAACUGCUUCUAGGAUUCCUCCAGAGAUUCCUUCAGGCAUUCUUUCAAGGAUUUAUCCAAGAAUUCAUCCAGAAAUUCCGCUAGAAAUUCCUCCAGGAUUUCAGAAACGGAAAAAUAAUAGAAUAGGAAUAGAAUUCUCCCAGAAUUUCUCUAGAAAUUCAUCCAGUAAUUCUUCCGAGAAUUUCUCUUAAAGAUUCCUCCAGAAAUUCCCAAAGAAAUACCUCUAGUUAUUCCUCCAGGUAUUCCUCCAGGAUUUUAUCCAGGAAUUUAUCCAGGAAUAACCCCAGUUAUUUUAUCAGGAACUACCUCAGGAAUUGCUCCUGGACAUCUUUCAGAAAUUAUGUCAGCAAUUCCUCUAGGUAUUUCUCCAGGAAUUUCUCCCGAGAUUUUAUCAGGAAUUGCUGCCUGAUUCCUCCGGAUAUUCCUCCAGGGGAUUUCCCUCCUGAAGGAAUUCCUUCAGAGAUUUCUCCAUGAAAAAUCUCUUCAGGAAAUUCUUUGAUGAUUCCUUCAGGAAAUCCUCCAGAAGUUUCUCCAAAGAUUCUUCCAGGAAAUCCUAUAGAGAUUUCUUCAGAAAUUCUUCAAGAAUAUUCACCAGGUCAGGGAUUCCUCCAGGUAUUCCACCAGGGAUUCCUCCAGAUAUUCCUCCAGGGAUUUCUUCACAAAUUUCUUCAAGGAACCCCCCUGGGAUUCCUUCAGGAAUUCCUUCGAGAAUUUCUCCAGGAACUCCACCUGCAAUUCCACUAGAAAUUCCCCCAGGAAUCUCUCAAGGGGUUCUUUCAAAAAUAGAAAAAUAACAGAAAUAGAAACAGGAAUCUCUCAGAAUUCUUCUGGAGAUUCCUCUUGAUAUUCAUCCAGUAAUUCUUUCAAGAAUUCCUCUAGAGAUUCCUCCAGAAAUUCCCAAAGAAAUACCUCUAGUUAUUCCUCCAGGUAUUCCUCCAGGAUUUUAUCCAGGAAUUUAUCCAGGAAUAACCCCAGUUAUUUUAUCAGGAACUACCUCAGGAAUUGCUCCUGGACAUCUUUCAGAAAUUAUGUCAGCAAUUCCUCUAGGUAUUUCUCCAGGAAUUUCUCCCGAGAUUUUAUCAGGAAUUGCUGCCUGAUUCCUCCGGAUAUUCCUCCAGGGGAAUUCCUUCAGAGAUUUCUCCAUGAAAAAUCUCUUCAGGAAAUUCUUUGAUGAUUCCUUCAGGAAAUCCUCCAGAAGUUUCUCCAAAGAUUCUUCCAGGAAAUCCUAUAGAGAUUUCUUCAGAAAUUCUUCAAGAAUAUUCACCAGGUCAGGGAUUCCUCCAGGUAUUCCACCAGGGAUUCCUCCAGAUAUUCCUCCAGGGAUUUCUUCACAAAUUUCUUCAAGGAAACCUCCUGGGAUUCCUUCAGGAAUUCCUUCGAGAAUUUCUCCAGGAACUCCACCUGCAAUUCCACUAGAAAUUCCCCCAGGAAACUUUCAAGGGGUUCUUUCAAAAAUAGAAAAAUAACAGAAAUAGAAACAGGAAUCUCUCAGAAUUCUUCUGGAGAUUCCUCUUGAUAUUCAUCCAGUAAUUCUUUCAAGAAUUCCUCUAGAGAUUCCUCCAGAAAUUUCCACAGGAAUACCACUAGGAACUCCUCCAUUUAUUCCUCCGGGAUGUUAUCUAGGAAUUUCCCCAGGAAAUUUCUUCCGGAAUACCUCCAGGAAAUACCCCAGGAAUUUCUUCCGGAAUAUUCCUGGCAUCCUUCAGGAAUUAUGCCAGCAAUUCGUCCAGGAAUUUCUCCUGGAAAUCCUCUUGGGAUUUCUUCAGAGAUUAUUUCAGGAAAUUCUCCAGGAAUAGUUCGAGGAAAUUUUCAGGCACCCCUCCAUAGAUUCCUCCAGCAAUUACUUCAGGGAUUUCUCCACGAAUUUUUCGAGGGAUAUUUCCAGAGAUUCCACCAGGGAAUUCUAUCGAGAUUUCUCCAAGGGUUCUUUCAGGAAAUCCUCCUGGAAUUUCUCAAGGGUUUUUUUUUCAGAAAUUU